AUGGCAAGAUCUCUGCCUAUCUCGACGGGAACUGUCAUUAUUGGAAACGGACCGGCCGCAUUGAUCUUGUCGUACAUACUGCAUGGAAAUAUCCCUCAUUACAUCCCGUCUCCACCACACCCGGAUACUCUUUUACACAAGAAGCUCGUCGAAUCUAGCGACCUCCUACACUUGGACAUCAGGCGUCUAACUCAGCACUUUGAAGCAUCUCCAUUUUCGUACUCGACGCAGGCGCUUCCCGUCAAUGUCCUAUUGGAUACCCUUAUCCGACCUAAUGGAGACACCUGCGACCUUGAGGAGGCGACCAACAUUGUCUGGGAAUAUCAGCCCGAACAAGCCGCACCCCACAUAGUGAUUGGCAACACUACCUCACCUGGUGGGCAAUGGGUCGACAACCCUGUACAGGCAAGCUGGGAUAUCGGAACAUUAAGCUAUGCUGGAAUGCUAUCACUCCCCGGCUACCCGUUUGCUGAGCACUAUCGCCGGACCACUGGCAAAGAGUUGCCCCCAUAUACCAGACCAAGCCGGCGACAAGUAACCGACUAUUUCCGUCAUUAUCCUCACCAAGUACGGAUCGAUGACGCCGUUUACUGCGGUGAGACUGUUUCUGGAAUCACAAGAACAGCAGACGGAUUUCACAUCAAGUCUCAUGACAUAAGUUGCAAGCAUCUUGUUCUUGCCUCUGGUGUCUUCUCCGAACUGAUACCUGCCCCACCCUUGCUGCAGCCACUUCUCCGUCUUCCAGGCCCAUCGGCUCAGCCCAGCUCUCCAGACAUACCUCUACUCGUCGUUGGAUCUGGAUUCAGUGCAGCGGACGUCAUCUCUUCAUCUCCUCCAGGCCAAAAGAUAAUCCACAUCUACAGAUGGGCUCCUUCAACAUCUCCCUCUCCUCUAAGAGCCUGCCACCAGCAAGCAUACCCAGAGUAUGCUGGUUUAUACCGCCGCAUGAAGCAAGCCGCAAAGAUCACUUCCAACCCCCUAGGACUGGAAUCAUCAAGACCAAAGGUCCAGCGCGCCUCAACCAGCGCAUUCGACUCAUCCCGCGACUGGUCAUCAAAAUACGAAGGCUUCCCCAACACGACCAUCACAGACGUCAAAGUUGAGGGAGAAACAGCCCUCAUUACGCUACAAGCAGCCGAUGGCGGUCCAACGCUACAACACCGCAUCAGCCGCCUCGAGUAUGUCGUCGGCAGACGCGGAUCGCUCCGUUACCUGUCGCGGGAACUUCGCCGAGAAGUAUUCGGCAGCAACAGCAACUCAAGCAGAGACAGCGCGGACCCAGAACCAGCUGAGCAGAUGCUCUCCGGCCAGACGCUACGGGACAAAGUUUUGGAAGAUAUAGAAGUCGCCCCGGAUGUCUUUGCUAUUGGGAGCCUGACAGGCGAUUCACUCAUCCGGUUCGCGCAUGGGAGCUGUACGUAUGCGGCUGGAAAGAUCAUGGCGCCCUCGCGCCGUCAUGGCAAGGAAGAAAAUGUAGAGCAACCGCAGAUGGCCAAUGGCAAGGAAGAAAAUAUAGAGCAACCGCAGAUGGCCAAUGGCGUUGGGAAAAUAGACCACGAAGACGCAGGGUCGAGACUAUCUAGGGUUGUCAGCGGUGCUAAGAAUGCUACUGCUGUCCCAGCUACGAAGAUUAUGAGCGGAUUGGAUGGGCAUCAUCGCCCUUGCAUCAAUGCCAACAAUCUGGGUUCUCUGGGCGAGUCCCCAAGAUAG